UGUGCUUCAUUCAGUUGAGUGCUUCACUCACGGUCCCUCCCAUUUGUCGUCGCGCUGCUUCGUUUCCAUUUAUCCUGGCGCUGCAUGUUUCGUCGUUGCACGUAUCGUUGCAGCGCCUUGAACCAUCGGUCUUCUUCGCUGUUUAGGACCAGGAGGAGUAUGAUCCUAAGGAGCCCGAUUUUGUCACCGAAGCUGUGGCUCCUCCUCCCUUGUGCUCGAAUUCACUUCCCGCGGGUGUUUUGAGGUUGUCCCGGAGGAUGGAAGAGCGACGAUGCAAGAAGAGCUGGUCAUGGUGUUGAGUGUGUGGUUGGUCCUUUGGGGGAUCGGGUAGCUUUGAGGUGCUGUGACGGGGAGAAGAGGAGAUUUCCUAUUACUCAAUGGAAUCUGUGUUUGAAUAAUAAAGUGGACAAUUCCGUGUGGUUUUGCUUUCUGUGAAAGAUAGGGAUCCGCUGCUGAUUACGGCGUAGCUGUUCUGCAGAACAAGUUUGAAGAGCAAAAUGAAGAGGUUUUUCAAGUCCAUUGGUCGAGAAGGUUCUUUCAAAAGGUUGGCAACCUCUCGUGGAGAAGAUGGAACUCCGACCUGCGCCAGAGAAGAUUCCGAGAAGAGGGAACCAACCAAGUUCAUGUCAUGGAACACCAACAGCUUUUUACUUCGCUUAAAAACUAACCGAGAAGAAGUUCUCAGCCUUCUACGCCGCCUCGAUCCAGAUGUCAUUGCCAUUCAGGAAGUUCGCAUACCAUCGGCAGGUCGGAAAGGGGAACCUAGGAAUCAUGGGGAGCUCAAAGACGAUACUAACUCCGCACGUGAAGACAAACAGAUCAUGAUGCGUGCCCUGUCAGUGUCACCACUUUCAGACUACGGAGUUUGGUGGUCGCUGAGUGAUAGCAAGUACGGUGGAACUGCUCUCCUUGUGAAACACAGUUGCUCCCCAAUCUCAAUAUUAUACUCUUUGGAUGAGUCAGAUGGAAGCAAGUUGAAGCACGAAGCAGACGGAAGGGUUAUUUUGGCAGAGUUUCACUCUUUUCGGCUGCUUAACACAUAUGUCCCAAACAAUAGCUGGAAAGACGACGACAAUGGAUUUGCAAGGCGACGAGCUUGGGAUGCGCGAAUGAUUGAGUUCUUGAAACGUCCACAUAAGAAGCCCCUUAUUUGGUGUGGGGACCUCAAUGUCAGUAACGAGGUUAUCGAUGUGAGUCACCCGGACUUUUUCAGUAACGCCAAACUUCAGGGUUAUACACCCCCAAAUGCCGAGGAUAUUGGACAGCCAGGCUUCACACUUGGGGAGCGUCAACGUUUUGCUGAAUGUCUAUCGAAGGGAGAUUUGGUAGAUACGUAUAGACAUCUCCACAAACAACAGGAUUUUGAUGCUGGCUUCACAUGGUCUGGAAAUCCUGUUGGAAAAUACCGGGGAAAGCGCAUGAGGAUUGACUAUUUUUUAUUGUCGAGAAAACUUCUUGACAGGCUUGUAAGCAGCGAUAUUCAUGGGCAGGGUAUUGAGCAAGAAGGUUUCUGUGGUAGUGACCAUUGCCCUAUCACAAUGGAGAUUCGAACGGCUACAAAGGAAAUUGCCAAGGUCGAGUGUAUACAAAGCAGACAAGUGGAUUCUUUAGAUUUAUGAAGUUCAGGUGUUCAAGUUGUAGAAUUUGCUGUUGAGAAAGUGGAUGAUGUGCUUAUGCACCAUGCUUCUCGACACAGCAAAAUAUAUGUUAGAUGCUGUACAUUGUAAUCUAUCUGUACUAUGGUUACAAGAUACAAUUUGAUAUGAAUGCUUUUAUCUGCUGCGUAAGACUGUUAAGAAGCGAAGAUUGUACCAAGCAUCCUCAAGAUUUGAGAUGUGGUACUGUUUGUAUUCCUUCGUUUGUAGCAUUUAUCUUCAAUAUUUUCAAUUUUGAGUUCUAA